UCAAUGACUGGCCAAACAAUAGAAACUCAAUACUAGUUUCAGUUAAAGGGUACUUUCUAAUUAUCUAUUUUCUCAUUUAAAUUUUCAUUAACAGUCAUGUAUACGGGAGGUAAAUUUGUGCUGGGGGCUCCAUUUGUCAUUGCCCUUUUGAUCUAUAAAUGGCGACGAAGGCAUUUAUCAGUGUAUGAAAGCAUUGAAGAUUUUCUGCAAAAUGACAACAACAUCAUCCCUAUAAGGUACUCCUACAAUGACAUCAAGAAGAUGACAAAAGGAUUUAAAAUAAGACUUGGAAAAGGAGGCUAUGGCUCUGUGUUCAAAGGACAACUUCGAAGUGGUCGUGACGUGGCUGUCAAGAUGUUGGAUAAGGCUAAAGCCAAUGGUCAGGAUUUCAUCAACGAGGUUGCAACACUUGGUAGAAUCCACCAUGUUAAUGUGGUGCAACUCGUCGGUUAUUGUGUGGAAGGAUCAAAGCACGCUCUUGUAUAUGACUUCAUGCAAAAUGGGUCUCUUGACAAAUACAUUCUCUCUAAACCUAAUGACAAUGAGCAAUCCUUGAAUCUUCAUCAAUUGUAUGCCAUUUCUCUUGGAGUAGCUCGUGGUAUUGAAUAUCUGCAUAAAGGGUGUGAUAUGCAAAUUCUGCAUUUUGAUAUAAAGCCGCACAACAUCCUCCUUGAUGGCAACUUCAUCCCAAAGGUUUCUGAUUUUGGCCUUGCUAAACUUUACCCAACAAAUGAUAGCAUUGUGUCUCUUACGGCAGCAAGGGGAACUAUAGGAUACAUGGCUCCUGAACUGUUCUACCAAAAUGUAGGUGGAGUCUCCUAUAAGGCUGAUGUGUAUAGCUUUGGGAUGUUAUUAAUGGAGAUGGCUGGUAGAAGGAAGAAUCUGAAUGUGUUGGCUGAGCAAUCGAGUCAAUUUUAUUUUCCUUUUGGGCUUAUGAUCAGUUAAAUGAAGGGAAUGAAAUUAGCAUAGCAGAUGCAACAGAGGAAGAAAUGAAAGUGGCAAGGAAAAUGCUGAUCGUUGGGUUGUGGUGCAUUCAAACCAAGCCUAGCGAUCGCCCUUCAAUGAACAGAGUUGGGGAGAUGCUUGAGGGAGACGAGCAAGACUUGGAAUUGCCUCAAAAGCCUUAUCUAUAUCCAGAA